CCCAAACAGUAAAUCAGUAAGAACGUGUUAGUAACACUUUCCGCCACUAGAUGGCGGAAGUAGAACUACAGAGCAGAAACCACCGAAGAAGAAAGACUUCCAAGUGUGUAGAAGUGGACAGCUUCCUCCUCCUAAGGUCAAAGAUGCAGACUCCAGCACAGUCGAUCCUCCACAGCGGAUACUUCCACCCGACGCUCCGAUUUUGGCAGACGUGUGCGACCGAUCUCAGACCCGAGAAUCUGAUUUACCCCAUCUUCGUCACAGAUGAUGCUGAUGCAGUGGAGCCCAUCAACAGUCUGCCAGGUCAGGCCAGGUACGGCGUGAACAAGCUGGAGGGAAUGCUGAAGCCUCUUGUGGCGAAAGGCUUGAAAUGUGUGCUGAUCUUUGGGGUCCCGGCGAAAAUCGCUAAGGAUGACCGGGGCUCCGGCGCCGACACAGACGACACGCCGGCUGUUCUGGCGGUUAAAAAAAUCCGCUCCCUGUUUCCUGAGCUGCUGGUUUCCUGUGACGUCUGCUUGUGUCCGUACACCUCACAUGGGCACUGCGGCAUCCUGAACGAUGACGGCACUCUGAACAACGACGCCAGCUGUCUGAGGCUGGCAGAGGUAGCACUGGCCUACGCCAAGGCUGGUUGCCACAUCAUCGCUCCCUCUGACAUGAUGGAUGGAAGAGUCCGAGCCAUCAAGCAGUUUCUGCUCUCCAACGGUUUGGGAAACAAGGUGUCGGUGCUGAGCUACAGCGCAAAGUUUGCUUCGUGUUAUUACGGUCCUUUCCGGGACGCUGCACAGUCCAAGCCUGCGUUUGGGGACAGGCGCUGCUACCAGCUGCCCCCCGGAGCCAGAGGGCUGGCCCUCCGAGCUGUGGAACGGGACGUGAGGGAGGGGGCGGACAUGCUGAUGGUGAAGCCUGGCCUGCCGUACCUGGACAUCAUGAGGGAAGUCAAAGACAAGUUCCCUACCCACCCCCUCGCCGUGUACAACGUGUCCGGAGAGUUUGCCAUGAUGUGGCACGGAGCGAAGGCUGGCGCCUUUGACCUCCGAGCUGCUGUGAUGGAGGCCAUGACCGCCUUCCGGCGCGCAGGAGCCGACAUCAUCAUCACCUACUUCACGCCUGAGCUGCUCUCCUGGUUGAAUGAGUCCUGAAGACGGGCGGAUGGACGGAUGGGGGGGUGACCACCGACCCUGCAGACCUGCUAUUGACGGAGUUACUCUGAAAACAACCUUUGUGUUAGAAAUCCUAGAAGCAACGUUAGGUUUUCUGAUGAUUCACAGCUCGUAUUUCUAAAUGUCCUUUCCUGCAGAAGAUGGGAUUCUUGUACAUGAAACUGUCUGUUUCUGACCAGAUCAAAUGUGUAUUUGCUGAACAGAUGCCUGAAAAAAGAACAAUUAAUCACUGAAUAAAAAUAAAAUAGUUCAUUUCUUG